CAAAUUUGUUGGCGAACUUUGAAAGGAAUAUCCGUAGGACCCUCCGAGAAAAUCCAUCAAAAUCGCCUUCAAUCAGGCUCUGAUGUUGAUAUAAGUUUACAUUGUGUUCACAAACAAUCAGUUUAUGUGGUCCAAUGUAAAAUAAAGGAGUAUGCAGCACCAUAUAGAAGACCAGCAAGGAGUGAAGUUUAAUCCAGGGGUCAAGCAGGAAAAUUUCCCACCGAGACAUCUACCUGCUCCAACAUCAUUGGCUCCUGUACAGCAAGGGGAGAGUUACCCCCGGCCAAUCGUUGGCAGUAACCAGCCCCCUCCAACUAGUGUCCACUCUGCCCAAAGGUUCAACGAGGGACCAUCUGACAGCAUGCAACAGGGAAGCAUGCCCUAUUCUGGUGGACCUGUACAGGGCUAUCAAGUGAGUGGAGGAGUUCAUCACACCAGUAGUGGUGGAGGGUUGCAGCAUUCUGUGCCACCCCAACAUUCUGCACCUCCGCCACAUGUUGCUCCACCCCAGCAGCAUCCUCCCCCACCCCAGCAUGCUGCUCCCCCACAGCAUCAUACGCCUCAGACCCAAGCUCACCAACAGCAACAGGUGCAUCAGGUGCAGGCUCAUACUCAGGCUCAUGUUCAACAAGUGCAGGGUCAGCAGCAACAACAACAGUUCCAGAGACUUAAGGUAGAGGAUGCCCUUUCAUAUCUGGACCAAGUGAAACUUCAGUUUGGCAACCAGCCGCAGGUCUACAAUGAUUUCCUAGAUAUCAUGAAAGAAUUCAAAUCACAAACAAUUGACACCCCUGGGGUAAUUAAUCGAGUGUCGAACCUAUUCAAGGGUCAUCCUGACCUAAUAGUUGGCUUCAACACAUUUCUGCCCCCUGGGUACAAGAUAGAAGUGCAAGGGAAUGAGACAAUAAAUGUACACCAGCCAGGUCAGCAGAUGAUGACACUCAGUCAGAUGGCACAGGCUCAUCAAGCAUCUCAAGCAGCAGCAGCCGCCGCAGCUGCAACACUAUCAAACACAAGUCAUAAUGCAGCAUCACAUCACUCGUACCACCAGCAGAGCAAACCUUCUACCCAGGAGAGCUCCCCUCAACAAGGCAGCGGCCAGCAACAAGCGGGACAACCUGUAGAAUUCAAUCAUGCAAUCAACUAUGUGAAUAAAAUCAAAAAUCGAUUCCAAGGUCAGCCUGAAAUCUAUAAAGCUUUCUUGGAGAUACUACACACAUAUCAAAAAGAACAAAGAAAUCUUAAAGAGGGCCUUGUUACACCUGGCUAUAAGCCACUGACAGAGUCUGAAGUUUACUCCCAGGUCGCUAAGCUGUUCCAGAACCAAGAGGAUCUUCUCUCAGAGUUUGGUCAGUUUUUGCCUGAUGCUAAUGGAUCAGGAGGUCUAGGCAGCAUGUUCGCUAAUAUGGCUGACCUGAGUGCUAUACGUAAUGACCACUCAUCCACAUUGAAGAAGACUAGCUAUACAACAAAGACAAACAACAAAGGACCCAGCCACAUGAGACGUCCCUCUGCUGGCACACAACCACCUGCAAAGAAAUCCAAGAGUGGCUCUUUGAAAGACAUCACACUAGCAGAGGCAGGAAAGUAUGGCACGCUGAAUGAAUAUGCAUUCUUUGAUAAGGUCCGUAAAGCAUUGAGAAACCAGGAAGUGUAUGAGAAUUUCCUGCGCUGUUUGGUGCUCUUCAAUCAGGAGGUGAUAUCUCGUUCAGAGCUUGUUCAGUUGGCACAGCCAUUCCUGGGUAAAACACCAGAGUUAUUCAAAUGGUUCAAAGAUUUCCUGGGUUACAAAGAGUCUGGUCACAUGGUCGAUGCAGUGCCAUCUGGAGCCACAGGCAAGGAGAGGAUCAGUGGGGAUCUAGCUAUGGAGAUUGAUUAUGCCUCUUGUAAGAGAUACGGAGUGAGCUACCGGGCACUUCCAAAGAGCUACCAGCACCCCAGGUGUAGUGGCCGUACUGCACUCUGUAAAGAAGUCCUCAAUGACACUUGGGUCUCUUUUCCCUCAUGGUCUGAAGACUCCACCUUUGUCACAUCACGCAAGACUCAAUUUGAGGAACAUAUCUACCGUUGUGAAGAUGAACGCUUUGAGCUGGAUGUUGUCGUGGAGACAAAUCUAAACACAAUACGUAUCCUGGAAGGUGUACAGAAGAAGAUGUCCCGGAUGUCUGCUGAAGAGGCUGCCAAGUUCCGUCUUGACAACACCCUUGGGGGCAAUUCUGAGGUCAUACAUAGGAAAGCCAUACAAAGGAUAUAUGGGGACAAGGCACCAGACAUCAUAGAUGGAUUGAAGAAGAACCCAGUUGUAGCUGUGCCUUUAGUUCUAAGAAGAUUGAAAGCCAAAGAGGAAGAAUGGAGAGAGGCACAGAGGGGAUUUAACAAAAUCUGGCGGGAACAGAAUGAAAAAUAUUAUUUGAAAUCACUGGACCAUCAAGGCAUCAACUUUAAACAGACUGAUGUAAAAGCUAUACGAUCCAAGGCACUUCUCAAUGAAAUAGAGGCCAUUUUUGAUGAGAGACAAGAACAGUCUCAAGAAGGCAACUCUGAUACACUAGGUAGUCAUUUGACAUUUCAUUACAAGGAGAAAACCAUACUAGAAGAUGCUGUUACUAUAAUCAUUCACCAUAUGAAGCGCCAAUCAGGUAUCCACAAGGAGGAUAAGAGCAAGAUAAAACACCUGCUGAAGCAGUUUCUCCCAGACCUACUCUAUCAUACACGUCUACCUAUGAGUGAUGAUGAAGAAGAGGAAGAUGAAGAUAUGGAGACCAGUGACAAUGAAAAGGAAAAUGUAGAAAAACCUCAACAAGAAAAGACUGAAACAAUAGGUGUCCAAACACGUGAAAAACGUGAUGCUAAUAAACAACCAAAAGAGGAUAAAAAAGAAAAAGAAGCGAAAACAACUCCUGUUAAGAAAUCUCCUGUAAAGGAGGAGCCAAUGUUAAAUGGAACAAAUAGUGAUGAUUCAGAAAAAGAUAUAGACAAUGAUGAAUACUAUUCAGUAUAUUUCGUCAACAACAACUGGUACUUAUUCUUCCGGUUGCACCAGCUGCUGUGUGAGAGGCUAUACAAGAUUUAUGAGCAAGCUGAGCGUAUUGCAGAGGAAGAACGGAGGUGUAAAAAAGACAGGAAAGAAUCUACAGCUGUUGCUUUAAGAUUAAAGACACCAAGUGAAGUUGAACCAGAGGAAUACUACCCAUACUUUCUGGACAUGGUUAAGAACCUACUGGAUGGUAACAUGGAACCAACAGCCUUUGAGGACACUCUCAGAGAAAUGUUUGGCAUCCAUGCCUACAUAGCAUUCACUAUGGAUAAGCUGGUGCAGAAUAUUGUCCGUCAGCUUCAACACAUGGUUGGUGAUGAGAUCUGUACGCAAGUGAUGGAUCUUCAGUGCAACGAGAAGAAGAACAAUGCAACUGGUGGCUCCCUCUCUUCGUUACAUUUACGUCAAGAACAGGAACUAGCAUACCAGAAACGUGCCGAACAAAUCUUGACUGAAGAAAAUUGUUUUAAAGUCAUGAUGUUUAAAAAUGAAUGUAAGAUUUCCAUAGAGCUGCUGGACACUGAGACUGAAAACUCUGAUGACCCUAUAGAAGUGGAGAAGUGGUCUGAAUAUGUAGAGAAAUAUAUUGCAAAUGAUGAAACCAUAUCAGAAGAACUGAAGGAGCAACUGUCAAAUAAACCUGUGUUCUUACCAAGAAAUGUCCGUCAUUGGAGGCGGCGGAACCGCAAUGUAACGCAGGAAGCUGUAAAGAGCAAUAAAGAAAACAACAAUACAAGUGGUCCUUCAGAGGAGGAUGACACGACCGAUCAGGCCAGAGGGGAUGCUCCACAGCAAGAGAAACAAGCUGACAAGUCACUGGUUGAGAGGGUAUCUGAUGAUAUGAUAAUCAUGGACAAUACUGAAUGUAAAUUCAAUGUGAAUUCAUUCAAAAUGGUGUAUGUAGUGAAUAGUGAGAGCUGUCUCUAUAAACAGCGGGCACUGAAGAAAGCUCAUGAGUCUCAUAAAGCAGUAUCAAUGCGUCUGCACAACAAGUUUAUGGCUUACGUGGAGAAAUGGCGCUCAACGAAUGUCACUCCUGAAAUGGAGAAAAAUUGCGAUGACUGGUUAAAAGGACUUAGUGGCGACAAUAAAGACUGUAAAACUAUCAUCAAUACAAACAAUAGCCUUGAGAGGGCGCCCUAUUACAGCAUAAAUAGAUUUGUUGUCGAAUAUGAAGAAGAAGAGCGGUCUUUACCUAUGGAAACAAGUUCAACAUAGCAUGCAGACAGGCCCUACUCAUGGAUACAAUCAGACAGGCCCUAACCAUGGAUACCAAUUGAACCUUACAUGCAGGCCAUAUAUGGACUAUCAAUGCAACACUGGACUCCUUGCCCUUUAUAAAAGAUAUCCUGGAAUUCCUCUUUAUGUCAUUCUUUUCCAGAAUCAUGAUUGAAAUGAGUGUUGAAUGGCAAGAAUACAUGCAAACACAUAACGCAGGGUGGAUAUCAAGUGCUGAAUCUCAAAAAGGUUGAUUUUUUACAAAGGUGUUUUUACACUCCUGAGCAACUAAGUGUCCUAAUGUCUUGAUAUGAAUGUUCAAAUUGCUCAAAAUCUGAAUGUCUACAGCUCUAAAUGACCCAUGUGAAACAUUCUGGGGAACAUUUUUAAAUGAAAUCAAAUUGCAGUUCAAGAUUUUGAAUCCAGGACAUCCAUGUUUUAACACAUGUUUAUGCCCACCAAAUCAAUGUACCAAUGAUCAUGUGGUACAUGUAUGUGUUGGAAAUGUUUUUGUUGAUGAAAAACAUGAAUUCAAUCUAAACUGUUUGGAUAGUCAAGAUUUCUCUCGUUAUCUCUACCAAUUACAUGUGUAGUGUGUCACUUGUACUUGAAGUUCACAUCUUUGCAAUAUUACAUUUUUACCUUAAUUUUUGAUUUCCCUUCAGUCGUUCAUGAAAUUCUGAUAUAUUUGUGAAAAUUAAAUCCUUUUAAAUAAGCAGAAUAAGUAGACUUGAAAGUUAUUAAUAAUUUAUAUUGUAUGAAUAUUAUUGUAUGUUAUUUGCAACACAUGCUCUUUGUAGUUGUGUUCUGGUUCUCUUGAUUAAGAGUGAUUUAUUUGCCUCAUAAAAUGAGAAAUAUAAAAUUAAAUUUUGCAAUUUACGGAUAUUUGAGUCUAACACAAUCUUCAGUGAGAAAUGUACAUAACAUUUUGAAAAGGUUAACAUUGUGAUGUAUUUUUGAUGUUCACAUGGAUUGAACAUUUUGUUGGGUUAAAGAUUUCAAAUAUAUUGCAUUUGCAUUUAUUAUUUAUUCUGGUUAAACAUAGGAAAGGACUGUGGCCUAAAAGUAUUACUUAUAUUACUUUAGUUUUACAUUGAAUACACUUCUGGUUGAGUUCAGUGUUAGUUCCUAUGGGGGUUAACGGUUUAUGGAAUGUCGUUCCCUGGCACCCCGUCAUCUUGCCCGUACUUACAGUAUAGUAAAUUACUUUCUCAUAUGACUCAGAUUCAGCCUUGUAUCACAUACAUCCCAUUUCUUCAAUAGAGGCUUUUCCAUAAAGCUUUAAAAAUCUUGUAAAGUCUCGUUUUAAUGA